AUGCACGCCGUCAGGGCUCUGCGGCGAACCAUCGCCAGCCGCGUCGUGCCGGCUGCUCGGCUCGAUGGGCUCGCAGCCGCGGCAGCGGCGCAACGCCGCUUCGCGUCAUCGGUCUCCGGCGAGAUGACGGUGCGCGACGCCAUCAACUCGGCGCUGGACGAGGAGAUGGCAUCCGACUCUAAAGUGUUCAUCAUGGGCGAAGAGGUGGGGGAGUACCAGGGGGCGUACAAGAUCACCAAGGGGCUGCUGCAGAAGUACGGCCCCGACCGCGUGCUCGACACGCCCAUCACCGAGGCGGGGUUCGCGGGCAUCGGGGUGGGAGCGGCCAUGUACGGCUUGAAGCCCGUCGUCGAGUUCAUGACCUUCAACUUCUCCAUGCAGGCGAUCGACCACAUAGUGAACAGCGCGGCGAAGGCGCACUACAUGUCGGCGGGGCAGAUCAGCUGCCCCAUCGUCUUCCGCGGCCCUAAUGGCGCCGCUGCUGGCGUCGGCGCGCAGCACUCGCAGUGCUUCGCGUCGUGGUACGGGCACGUGCCGGGGCUCAAGGUGCUGGCACCGUGGAGUGCGGAGGACGCGCGCGGGCUCAUGAAGGCCGCCAUCCGCGACCCCGACCCCGUCGUCGUGCUUGAGAACGAGAUCCUGUACGGAGAGGCGUUCCCAGUGUCGCCCCAGGCGCAGGACCCCAACUUCACGGUGCCCAUCGGGAAGGCCAAGGUGGAGCGCGAGGGCAAGGACGUCACGCUCGUCGCCUUCUCGCGCAUGGUUGGCGUCGCGCUCAAGGCGGCGGACGAGUUGGCCAAGGAGGGCAUCUCUGCUGAGGUCCUGAAUCUGCGCACGAUCCGGCCGUUGGAUCGGGAGGCCAUCAACGCCUCAGUGCGCAAGACGUCGCGCCUCGUUACCGUCGAGGAGGGCUGGCCGCAGUCCGGUGUCGGUGCUGAGAUCUGUGCGACGGUGGUGGAGUCAUCAUUCGACUACCUGGAUGCACCGGUGGAGCGCAUCUGUGGCUCAGACGUUCCCAUGCCCUACGCUGCCAACCUUGAACGCCUUGCCCUGCCCCAGGGCACGCCCUUUGCCUAG